ACUGAACAAGACAGUCUAUUUUAUUGUCUGAUCGCGUUGCAUAUGUUUUAAAUAAUUUUUUAAAAUAUUGUGAGUUUUUCAUAUUUUCUGUAGUUAGUUAAUACUGAAACCUUAUUAUGAGUGUAACAUAUUAUUUUAUUGAAACUGAAAAAGAAAAUGAGCCGAAGCCGAAAGUUUCACCCGUAAGAAAAGCUUUGCCGCAAAUAAUAGCAGUUAGCGUUAAAAAUGUUCUACUAUUUGCCUUUGGGAUGACCUUGGGAUUUCCUACUAUCCUGAUUCCCAGUUUUUCUGAUAGUAAAAGUGGAGAACGCAUUACUCUGGAUCAGGAUGCCAUAUCAUGGAUAAGUUCCGUUAAUCUUCUAUGCGUCCCAUUGGGUUGCCUACUUUCCGGAGUAAUAACUCAACCGUUAGGGCGAAGAAGAGCCAUGCAACUGGUGAAUAUACCAUUUUUAGCAGCAUGGCUAUUAUUCCAUUAUGCUACGGAGCCUUGGCACGUCUUUUUAGCUCUUUGCAUUACUGGCUUUAGUGGAGGUUUACUUGAAGCACCCGUACUGACCUACGUGGCUGAAAUAACCGAACCAAGUAUUAGAGGAGCCUUAAGCUCCACCAGCACAUUGGCCAUUAAUACAGGCAUAUUAACGUCAUACUUUCUAGGAACGUUUUUAAAGUGGCGUAAUAUAGCCUUAAUAAAUGCUACGAUACCGUUCGUAUCUUUUAUCCUGCUGACUCUUAUCGCGCCAGAGUCACCUUACUGGUUAAUUUCGAAGAACCGACUCGCCGAAGCCAAGAAAAGUCUGGCUUGGUUAAGAGGUUGGACUACAGAAUGCAAUAUUGAAGAAGAGUUUAAUAGAAUAGCGGAAAAUUUAGAGAAUAACCCAAUGACUAAGAAGUGGAUGGGUAAAGGAGCAUUAAUAGAACAGCUUAAACUUUAUUUAAAACCAACUUUCUUAAAACCUUUUGCUCUGAUCAUAUUCUGUUUUUGUAUAGGCAAUUUUGGUAACACUCCUGUUGCAGUCUAUUCUGUAAAUAUUUUUGCUUCAUUUGGAGUAAGCAUUAAUCCAUACACUGGUACACUUUGCCUAGGAAUGGCCCAACUACUGGCAGUUUUAACAUGCGUUUUAUUAAUUAAAUUUCUUGGAAAAAGAUGGUUAGUUAUUAUAUCUCUUACUGGUGUAAUAAUUACAUUUUUUGCCACAGCACUUUAUACCUUCCUAAAUAAAGUAGAGUACAUACAAGAUGUUACGAAGCAAAGCAACAUGGGAGUUACAUCCUGGAUUCCCUUAUGUUCUGUUAUUGCUUCCGCGUAUUUUAGUUAUUUAUGUAUCAAAGCAAUACCAUGGAUUCUUAUAGGAGAACUAUUUAAUAAUGAUAUAAGAUCAAUAGCAGCUGGAGUCAGUGCAGCCAUAGGUUAUGUCUUUGGUUUUGUUGCAAACAAAACAUUUUUAAAUAUUAUUCAACUAGUAGGAUUUUCGGGCGUUUUUUGGGUUUACAGUUGCGUAGCCGCAGGAGGAUUAGUGGCUUUAUAUUUUGUAUUGCCAGAGACUGAAGGUAAAACUUUAGAAGAAAUUUUUGAUCAUUAUGCGGGUCGAGGUAAAUUGGAUAAUCGAGUUUGUAGAGUAACAAGGUUGAAAAACUCGAGUAAUGGAAUUGAGAUGACAUAGUUCGAAGAAAUAACGCUAAGUUGGUCAAAGGAGAGGUAAAGAAAGAUUGGAGAGAGUAGAAGUGGCCUAAACUAAAUUUAAAUUUAAAAAAUUCAGAAGCUAUAAAUAAUAAAAAGAAACAAUUAACGUAAAAGUGCGAUGAUUUUCUAAAUUGUCAAUUGCAUUAAUAAACGUUUACCGUUAUAACCUUAUUUAUAUAAAAUAUAAAUAAAUUAUUAUAUUAAUAUGUAUAAGUAAAUAAUAUAUUAAAUACAUUUAUUGGUGUUCUAUAUCCUUAUUUCAUCAAAUAGUUAUUUAUUAUAUAAUAAUUUAUUGCAGAUUUACAUUUUAUUAGUUUACUAGUUAUUAUUGCCAGGUUGUUGAAGAAGUGAUAACAUUAAAGAUCAUAAUGAGUUUAUUUUAUUUCAGUUAUAAAGGGGUUAUUUUAUCACCGAUAAUUAUCCCAACAAAAACUUAUUUUUUUACUAAUUUUCCCAAAUUUGACCUAACUGUUAUACAAACACGGUUUAUUUUUUGAAUAUCAACGUGAAAACCAUAUCUAUUACAAUGUUUGUUCUAUAGCCGAUAGAAUUCUAUGUAAGAAUAUCGCAGUUCCUUAUUGAUGGGAUCAAAGAUUGGAUGGAUCCUAUCUAUUUUAUCUAUUUUACUUUUUAAGGUGCAAAUUUUUUAACAGGUCAUGGUUUCUUUUCCAGAAAGUAAAGAUAUACUUUAUUUAUUUCAUGAUUGACCAUCAAAGAAGUCAUGUUAAAGAAAUAUAUUUUGAUGCCAAUUUUUCAAGGAAGGUGUGUUGACCUGGUAUAUAUUUAUUUCUGUUUUUAAAAAGCUCAUAUUUCUUAGAAAAUGUCAGUUUAUGCUUUUUAUUCUAGAAGAUGUAAAAAUGAUUUGAUCAUUGGAUUAGAUUUAUUCCUAAUGCUCCAAGUGCAUCUUUCAUGGCGGCAAACAAAUGAUAGUUAUAGGGUAGUAAAUCUGGACGAUACUAAAAUGUUUCCCAAUGCAUAUUCUUAAGUUUUUGCUUCAUUUCACCUACUCUAUGUGCCCUGCCGUUGUCUUGAAGAAGGAUUACGUUUCUGAUGCGGACAUCUCCAUGGCUGUACUGGCAAAUUGACUGAGGGAAACAGCUUACCAAGCGUUUUUCUCACUACACACUACACAAUAAAGACCUGGACUGUGAGAGCACUUGUGAUUGGCUAGGAAAAUUAUUUGCCGGUUUAUAUUUGAUCCACCUUCGUAUAAGCAAUUUUUAUAUUAGAUUUUUUAUUAAAAAAAUUGAAAAAUGUGUAAGGCUAUGCACUUGGUAAAAGUGCGUUCAAGUAAGGAAUUGUGGUUUUUAAUUUUGCUUUUAAAAAUAUAAUAAUUUUCCGUUUUUAUUAUAGAACUAUCUUUUUUAUUACAAGUGUUUUGUAUAUUUUUUUAUACAAUGAAACUCUUAUAUUUAUCCCAUUGUUAAUAAUUUAUUAUAAUUUUAAAUUUUACUUUUUAACUUUAUUACAGCUCUUAGAUUAGUUAAAAACGAAAUAAUAUAAUAAAAGACUUUUAUAACUAGUU